CGAGCACCACAACUUACCUCAACGAUACGAAGGGAUUUCUUGGCAAGUCCAAAAAUCCAAACUAUCCAUCUCUGAUCAUCGUGGUUCAAGCCCCCUAAGGCCUGAAGCAGCUGAAGUGCAAAUCAUAAUAAGCGCCGGUGAUCCUAUGCCAUCCGUUCCCCCUAGUGCUGCGACUGCAAACGUUAUCCAAGUCGCUAACGUUACUACUGCACAAUCGCCCUCGCCUGAUGCCUCAGCACUCUGGCUUGGGCCUUCGGAUUUUCAUCGCGAACGCCCAGAAUUUACUCAUCACUGAUGGCAUCUUCGUAAGUUUUUUGUCCUACGCUGCGCAAUAAUUGUACUAAUUUUAUUUGCCAGGACGAUAUCAUCAUCCUUGCCAAUACUGGUGAGGGGAAGAAGUUGCUUGGUGCAGAACAUCCAGACACCCUCACCAGCAUGGCAAAUCUAGCAAGCACAUACAGGAAUCAGGGAAGGUGGAAUGAGGCAGAUCAAUCCUAUCUGACAUCCAGCUAGCGACCCUUCGCUCUGUCAUCUACAGCUCUCACUCUCUGCCU